GGGGGGUCCUCUGGUAGUUGGAGGCAAAUCGCCCGAUGAUGCUGGUUGAUGUAACUAUCAGCGAAACGUCGUACUACUCAAAUUGUAAAUGUUGUGGAUUUACUCUCCAACAACACCGGUAGAAUGAAGUAGUUACUAAUUGGCGCGUUGUUUACGUGACAAAUCCCCGAUUGAUUGGCUGUGUCCUUGUGGUGGAUGUUUACGACACAUUUAUACUUGCGCGAUUAAACCCAAAAACCUUUAUGAUUAAUAAUAUUGGUGGUCUAAAGCCUGCUGCUGCGUGUUACACUCCCAGAGGGCGUCUACCCCCUUACCAACAUGGCCGCCACGAGACGCGGAGGGAGCUGACGCAGCAGCUGCGAGACGAACCUCCCAAAACUGCGAGGCUCUCGUGAGAGGUGAGGAGAGGUAAGAAGAGUGGUGGUGGGGAACCCCCGUGAGGACCCCCUGUGAUCGUCGAGGGGGCACCCGGGAUGAGGGGAGUUGGACCCCGCGGGCGAGAGGCUGCGUUCGAGAAAAUCGUCAUCAACUCAAGCUGCCAGUGGUUCUACCUGCGAGCACGCCUGGAGUGUGAGGAGGAGGGAGUGAGACUGAACGAAGCGGAGUUCCGUCUGGUUGUCACCAACGCUCUCCGUGAGCUGCAUGGGGAGGUGGGAGCUGCUCUGCCAUUCGACGUAAUCAGAUUUGAUGCUCGCUCACAGUCGUGCAUACUGCGCGUCAUCAGCAGUGGGCUCGUGCGUCUGUGGGCGUCGCUAUCUCUGGCCGCGAGGCACCAAGGCUUCGUCAUUGCCGUCCACAUCCAGCAGGUGUCUCCAUUUCUGCUGUCUCUGUCGGGCAACAGCCGGGACCUGAGACUGGACUGACCGACUGUAACUUCCUCCGACUGUCAUCGGCUGCCUGCAAUUGGUUGCCGAGGCUGUACCGGUUCGCCAUGAGCUCCCUGAUUGCCAUAGCGAAGCUCCGGGUCCUGCUGUCUCCUCCAACACCUUCUGCUCUCCUCCAUCUGUUGCCAACAGCAACUGGUGGUGGGCGGGGGAUGGGGGCGGAGUGCGGGUGGAGGAUCCGUGGGCAACCUGGCCCCUUCUCUACUUUCUCCACCUCAUGGUCCACCACCUCUUCAUCCACCUCCUCCCCCGUGUUCUCCCCCUCCUCUUCCCCCUCCUCAUCCCCUAUGAACCCGGCGACCCGAGUUCAAUCCCCAGCCACGGCUAACGCCUCAUUCUACUCCACCUCCUCCUCGUCCCUCCCCACCUCGUCGCACCCCCCUGUGCCUGCCCCGGCUGGUCGCCGUGGCGACGCGUGGGCCGUGGGCGACCGCGCCGAGAUGCGCCGCGUCUUCACGCCGCAGGACGUGGCCGACUUCGCAAGGCUCACGGGCGACACCAACCCCGUGCACGACGCCAGCGGUGUUGGCGUCGCGCCGGGCCGGGCGGUGGUGCACGGCGUGCUGCUGGCGGGGCUGGUGUCGGCGCUGCUGGGCACGCGGCUGCCCGGCGCUGGCUGCGUGCUGGCAUCGUCGCGCCUGCGCUUCCCGGCGCCGCUGCUCACGGGCGACGAGGUGACGGUGAGCGCCGCGGUGGGGCGCUCGCGCGCCCGCAGCCUCCUGCUGCGAGUGCUGUGCACGACCGCCGCGCCGCGACCGUCUGCGGAGCCGCUGUCAACGCAGCAACCGGGACAGUCGCAUCCGUCGCCAUCUCCCACGGCGGGAGCGAGCGGUGAUGGGGUGGCGCCGGUGGUGGUGCUGGAGGGGGAGGUGUUGGUGAUGUUGCCACGUGACCCCAAUCAUUGACCCCCCCUGCUAGCGGGGUCUGGUCGCGCGCGCGAGCGACCGCCCUCGAAGUGUUUUGCUAACUCCGUUACAAAUCAAGAUUGUGAACUACCUGUGAUGGUAAUGCGUCUGUAAUCGUUGACACAAAAUAGUUAAAUGUUGUGUUGUGUAUUACAAUUAUUAUCCUGCGCUGUGUACGAUAGGGUUUUGGGUCUAACUAGGGACCCAUAGAGAGAGAUGGGGGGGGGGGGGCCUUGCCUGUAAACAUCUGGGCAGUUCAUCAGCAUUGGUUCAAGCGAGCCUGACUUUGCUAAAUGUUGAAACCGGAAAGUAUGCACUGCCAAGAGAAAGGCCGAGUGGCUGAUGGGAUGUGUUAAAAAACACUUUAAUAUUUCAUGUGAAGGGCUCCAACGUGUGGAGGAGGAGGCAGUGGGGCUGUCCACUGAGUGUUGUUGCAAUUCGUCUGGUCAGUGUUGUCCUUUUUGAAUAGAAGAGUGUUUGAUGCA